GCGAACGGCUCCUGCAUGGAUUCAGCGGCUGGGAGCUUUCUUUCAAGAGAUGAGGGGACAACAGCAGAAUCCCUGGCAGCCUUCGCCGAUGGGCUCGCCACCGCAAAGGAGCAGCUGCGGCGUACGGAGCAGAGAGUGCCUCACCUGUAUGGCCAGUUGGGCCGUGAAAGGCAAGAAGGGAGCUCGGGAGGAAGUACAUAUGAGGCUGUACAAGAGGAGGUGAAACGACAGCUGCGUGGUGUCGUUGGCCAGUUGGAGGCAUCUCGGAAGGAGGCUCAAGAUCUACGCCAAGAGCUGGAGCCCACCCGUGGCACUUGGAGGGCAUUUGGCUCCGGGUGUACAAGCAGCUUCGACUAUGCCAACGGCGUCGGGCGUACAAGCAGCCUCGAGUAUGCCAAGGUUGUCGGGCGUGCAAGCAACUUCGAGUAUGCCAACGGUGUCGGGCGUACAAGCAGCUUCGAGUAUGCCAACGGCGUCGGGCGUACAAGCAGCUUCGAGUAUGCCAAUGUUGUCGGGCGUGCAAGCAACUUCGAGUAUGCCAAUGUUGUCGGGCAUACAAGCAACUUCGAGUAUGCCAACGAUGCCAGGGGUGCAAGCAGCUUCGGGUGUAUGGGAGCUGAUGGGGGUACCGCAGACCCUAUGUCAAGGCUCUUGGAGGGCUUGGAGAAAGUGAUAAAAGGCGGAAAGCCAGAGGAGCUCAGCAAAGCAGCGGAGGCUCCGAAGUUGCCGGAGCUAUCUGAUUCGUCGUCAGUGGACUUUGGGGAUUGGCUGUACCUGAUGGAUCAUGUCAUGAGCGAUCUUUCGGCUUCAAGCGCAGAGUGGUGGCGCAUCCUGUCUCAAGACGCUCAGGAGUUCUACGAUAAGUACCAGGCGGCAGACCAGUUCACAAGGUUGUCAAUGAAGCCGGUUCCCUCACCAGAGCUAGGGGACCAGAGAUGGAGCAGACUGGAUAG